UUUUGAGAAUGCCAAAUGUUCAAAAACCAUAAAUGCAUCUUUUGGAGCCGCGUUAGAGGUAACAUCGCCCCAGUAGAUGACUUCAGGUCUCACUGUCUAGUCCCUAAAGGCUGGGACACACCCCUCCGGUUUCUUUGUGUCCGAUUAUCACCUCCAGGAGGCAAGACGAUGACAUCUGAAAUGCAGGAGAUUGCCAUCACAGAGGACAAGCCUUUACUCACGGGGCAGGCUGAUAUCACCAAGGAUGCUGCUGAACUAGCUGCUAGGAUUCUCCUGGACCAAGGACAGGAGCACAGCGUUGAGACCCCUCAUGGCGUUCUGCAUGUGACCCUGCACGGCUCACGGACCACCCGCAGGCCCGCCAUCCUCACCUUCCACGAUGUGGGUCUGGAAAGUAAGAGCUGCUUCUCUCCUCUCUUUAAGUUUGAGGAGAUGCAGGAGAUCGUGAAGAACUUCACCCUGAUUCACAUCGACGCUCCAGGACAGGAGGAGGGCGCUGCCACGUAUCCCCCGGGUUACCAGUAUCCCUCCAUGGAGACCAUAGCGGAGAUGAUUCCUGCUGUUCUGCAGUUUUUCAACUUCCGGAGCGUGAUCGGCGUGGGCGUGGGAGCAGGAGCGUACAUCCUCUCCAAGUUCACCCUCGCCAACCCGGACUCGGUGGAGGGUCUGGUUCUGAUCAACAUCGACACUAAUGCACGAGGAUGGAUGGACUGGGCCGCUCAGAAGUUGAGUUCUGUGACUUCCACCUUCACAGAGCAGAUCCUGUCUCACCUGUUCAGCCAGGAGGAGCUGUCCGCAAACACAGAAGCGGUCCAGUGUAACAGAGAGCGCAUCUCCAAAGCUCCCAACCUGGCCAACAUAGAGCUGUUCUGGAAGACCUACAACAACAGCCGCAGAGACUUGAACCUGGACCGCAACAACACCUUCAAGUGUCCCGUCAUGCUGGUGGUGGGGGACUCCGCUCCGUAUGAGGAAGCUGCUGUGGAGUGCAACAGCAAGCUGGACCCGACCACCACCUCCUUCCUGAAGAUGGCCGACGCCGGCGGCCUCCCCCAGCUGACUCAGCCCGCCAAACUCACGGAGGCGUUUAAGUAUUUCAUCCAGGGCAUGGGCUACAUGGCCUCCUCCUGCAUGACCCGCCUGUCCCGCUCUCGCACCGCCUCGCUGUCCUCCUCCUACUCCAUGGAUGGCUCCCGCUCUCGCUCACGCACCCUGUCCCAGGGCUCGCAGGGCGGCCAAAUGCCGCCCAGCCCCUCCCAAACCAUGGAGGUGUCCUGCUGAAGAACCAGAAACCGGACCGUGCGAGAGUGGUGGGCGAAAGGAAAAGCGAAGCACGACGACGACGCAGGAACAAGGCGAAUGGGUUUCUUAUUUGUCACAACACGACUCCCGUCAUUCCCCGUAAGAGCAGAGAGAGGGAGGGGUUUCUGGAAAACACUGCUGUCCUCCACAUUUUGCUGCACACACGACUCCAGCCCUUCCGUUUGAAUCCCUAGAUGAAAAACAAAGUAGCCGUUCUGUGAUGAUGCCGUUUUUUAGAAGUGAGAAAACACAGGAGGUGAAGCAGGAAGCAGCCAAUAGAGCCCUUUAACCUCCACCCAGAGUGUGGCCUGUAGACGCUGCACACGUCGCCAUAACCAAUAGUAAUAACUAAUAUGGAUCAGUUGGUGCUGACGAGGAGGAAAAUAACCUGUAACACGUUUCUCUUUGAUAUAUAAUGACUUUAAUGUGAUGUAGAAUAAAACCAACAUUUAGCAGAGAUACCUACAACAGUGUCUUUUGUAGCUAGUUUUUACCGUUUGUUGCUUUUCUUUGUUCCCCGUCUCGACGCGGGGCUGCAGCGACCGACGGGCCCACCUGUCGGGCGCUUACAGCCUAAAAAAGCCAUUCUGGCAACAACUUCCUCCUUGUUGUUGCCAGGUUGUUGGUCUUCCAUUUGCCCCUCAUCGUUAAAGAGCCUUUUCCUCUUUCUUCUGUUGGUACGCUGGAUUUAACGCGGCGAGCAGGAAGCCUUUCGUUUGUCUCCCUCUGGACUGUGUGCAACCUGCACGCCCGUCGUCAGUCCUUCUGAGUGAGUCGGGUGUGCGCUGGAACGCCGUGCUCGUGUGUCGCUCGCUAGCCGGCGUCGGUUGAGAUUUUUGUUUUUCCUUAGCCCUGCUCACCUCCAAAAUAAAAUGUGUAUGAGGAAUAAGUGGAAGUGAAUUGGAGCGCUUGAAUUCAGCUAACGCAGGAAUUAAAAGCUAAUGAACAACAAACUAUUUUGAGACCAACUAACAACCCCGACAGUGACGAUGAGCCAGCCCCCACACUGCCUUCCACCAUCCUGUUACAGCUAAUGACGUCAUACUGCCAAAAAACAGGGCUGGAGAACAAAUGUGGGCAAAAUUCUGCCAUAAAUAAUGAAAUUACGCCUUUUAGCUUCAAUAAUAAUAAUAAUAAUACAUUUGUAAUGGCAGCUUUCCACUGCCUUCCGACAUUUAGCCUUUACACCACCUCUACUCCUAAAGGAACCUGUUGAAUAUCAUCAGAGUGCAUGAGCUUUUUUUCUUCUAGUUAAAAUAAACAAAAUGUCAAAAAAAUAAAUAAAUUUCACGAGUCCGUUAGCUGCCUGUUUCUUGCAUGUGUAGUCUUCACCUGAACCUAUUUGAUGAGACUGGGCUGAGAUGUGUGUGCUGAUGGUGGCACGGAGUUGGGAUGUUUUGGAGGCAGAUUGCAGGAAUGUAAACGUCCGUCUAGUCCCGGGCUGAAGUAAGACUCGGACAUGGGAAUAUCUACCAAAUAAGACCCAACGGGAGGGAAGCGGAGCGUACUUUUGGUUUUCUUGGGAGUUUUGCUGAGUUGUGUGAUUGUAAAUGCUCAUCCAAUUUUGUGUUUGUCUCCUAAUUUUUACUUCGAUCAUGUCUGUCGUCUUUUUGCCCUUCUACAUUAUGAAAGUUCUUUUUUUUUAUCUGUGAUGUGUUAGUUUAACGUCCCGGUGUGCUCACAAGUUAGUUAGCCACAUGAUAGUUCCUGUGUAACUUUUUUAGUAUAAACGCUUAUUAUAAGGGAGAAUAAUAUAAAUAAUAAAAGAAGUAAAGAUAAUUAACUCAGUUUUACUUGUGUGACUAAUUUCCCUGUGUAACAAUGAAAAUCCUUAAGAAGCAAACUUAAAUAUCAAUAAACGCUUAAGAGGAACAACUC